UCCUUUGCCUUUAUCCGACCACCACCUGCUCUCUCUUCUACUAUAAAAACCCUAAAUCCUCUCCCUGCUAUCAUCAACUCUCACACCCAAUCACACCAUGGACUCUGAAUCAACACCACCACCCGCUACCGGCUCCCAGCCCAAGACCACCACCCAAUUGGCUCGAAAAUCCUCCAUGUCCAGCUCCAAAGACCGCCAUACUAAAGUUAAUGGCAGGGGCAGGCGGGUUCGAAUGCCAGCUCUUUGUGCUGCUCGGAUCUUUCAGUUGACCCGAGAACUUGGCCAUCGUUCUGAUGGUGAGACCAUUGAGUGGCUUCUCCGUCAUGCUGAGCCUUCCAUCAUAGCUGCUACUGGCACCGGUACCGUCCCUGCUGGACCCAUCUCCACCAGUUCUGGUACUACCCCUGUUUCAGCCUCUCCGCUCUCCAUUCCCUGUACGGUUCAGGUUCAACCAAUGGGAGGUGGUCCGGUACAUGGAAUGUUUCCGCUGGCUCCACCUCCGAGCUGUAGGCUAGACUUGGAGUAUCGGCACAUGCCGUUUACUGCUUUGUUGCUGCAGCCGACGGCUAUAGUUGCCGAGGAAGCUGGUGAGCAGCAGCAGGAGGAGAAUCAGGAAGUACUUGGAGAGAACAAUACUAAUCAGCAGAAGAUAUAGGAAUUGGAUGGAUGGGGUGUAGCUAUUUGCAUAUCAAAAAAUAAAUACUAUAUAAUAUAAUAGGUGUUGUAUGGGCUCUGAGUAGUGGGUCAUAGUGUUGUCUUUUUUAUUUAUUUAUUUAAAAUCAAAAUGUCAGUCUUCUUUUUUUUUUUUUUUUCCUUCUUUUGGGGGUGAUUAGGUUGGUAAGUGAAGAAGCUUAUGAAUGCCAUUUUUAGUCUUUAAAUUGUGGCAUAGGGUUGGCAUUAAUGGGGACCAUGCUGAUGUAGUAAAACUGGACCCACCAUUGAUGAAUGUUAAUGAGAUGGCCCCAUUUUCAUGUUUUUCAGAAAUCUUUUUCUCUUGGGUC